GAGCUGGAGGCGCGGCUCGGAGAUCAUCACUUAACAGAGGGAGACAAAAUAAUAAUUUCCCUCGUCAUGUGAAAGAGAUGUCAUUUGUCAACAUGUGCGAGGUGGCAAAAGCGGCGGCCGCAUAAAGCCCGUGACCGCUCCUUCUGGUCGUCCUGUGAGACGGCGGCGGACGGCAGUCUGACUCAGUGAAAGUGUCACCUUUCCACUCAGUGAACGCCGGCAGUGUGAACUCAGGAGCCAUGAGCGUGUCCGGGAACGACCCGCAGAGUUUACUGUGCUACCAGAGGCCUGAUGAGGAAGUGGUUGUGGACCAGGGAGGAACCAGCUCAGUGAUGAACAUUCACUAUGAGAAAGAGGAGCUGGAAGGACACAGGACUCUGUUUGUGGGGGUUCGGAUGCCGAGGCAGAGCCAUCGGCACCACAAACCCCACGGAUCCCGCCACCGCAAGAAAGAUAAAAGGGCAGGAAGCAUCACGACACAACAGAGCGAGGACAGUGAGGCAGCUGGCAGCAGUCAUGACACACCGUCCCAGCGGGUCCAGUUCAUCCUGGGCACAGAGGAGGAUGCCGAGCACGUGUCCCAUGAGCUGUUCACCGAGCUGGAUGAGAUCUGUGUGAAGGAAGGCAAAGAUGCCGAGUGGAAGGAAACAGCCAGGUGGCUGAAGUUUGAGGAGGAUGUGGAGGACGGUGGAGAGCGGUGGAGCAAGCCUUACGUUGCUACACUUUCCCUUCACAGCUUAUUUGAGCUGCGCAGCUGCAUCAUCAAUGGCAGCGUGCUGCUAGACAUGCGAGCCGACUCCAUUGAGGAGAUAGCAGACAUGGUUCUGGAUCACCAGGAGGCCUCGCACGAACUGGAUGACACCGUCAGAGUUAGGGUGCGUGAGGCUCUGCUGAAGAGACAUCAUCACCAAAACGAGAAGAAGAAAAACCUGAUUCCCAUGGUACGCUCCAUCACCGAGGGAGCACGCAAACAGUCUGAGCCUCAACUAGUAGGGUCCGCCACGUCUCCCCAGCCUCCUCUGCCGAUGGAACCAGCCAAGAACGGUGCUGGACAGGACAGCAGUCAAGUGGACCUCAGUAAGGUUGACCUGCACUUUAUGAAGAAGAUUCCAGAGGGCGCCGAGGCCUCAAAUGUGCUGGUUGGUGUUCUGGACUUCCUGGAGAGGCCCAUUGUUGCGUUUGUACGCCUUUCCCCCGCUGUUCUUCUCACUGGACUCACUGAGGUUCCCAUCCCCACCAGAUUCCUCUUUAUCCUUCUGGGCCCUGAUGGAAAAGCUCAGCAGUACCACGAAAUUGGACGUUCGAUGGCGACCAUUAUGACGGAUGAGAUCUUCCACAACGUAGCGUACAAGGCAAAGGACAGAAGCGACUUGCUAGCAGGGAUAGAUGAGUUUCUAGACCAGGUGACUGUCCUGCCACCAGGAGAGUGGGACCCUUCCAUCCGAAUAGAGCCCCCAAAGAACGUCCCCUCUCAGGAGAAGCGGAAAAUGCCCGGAGUCCCCAACGGCACAGCCUUGCAAGAAGAAGAACCACAACAUGCUGAACACCACGGGCCAGAGCUGCAGAGGACAGGAAGGUUGUUCGGCGGCCUCAUACUGGACAUUAAGAGGAAAGCUCCUUUCUAUGUGAGUGACUUCAAGGACGGCAUAAGCCUCCAGUGUGUGGCCUCCUUCCUCUUCCUCUACUGCGCCUGCAUGUCUCCUGUCAUCACUUUUGGAGGACUGCUGGGGGAAGCGACUGAAGGACGUAUUAGCGCCAUAGAGUCGUUAUUUGGUGCAUCGAUGACUGGAGUAGCCUACUCUCUGUUCGCUGGGCAGCCUCUCACCAUUCUGGGCAGCACAGGUCCUGUACUGGUUUUUGAGAAGAUACUCUUCAAAUUCUGCAAGGACUACAACCUGUCAUAUUUGUCUCUCCGGGCUUGCAUUGGCCUGUGGACAGCACUGCUGUGUUUUAUGUUAGUGGCCACAGAUGCUAGCUCCCUGGUUUGCUACAUCACUCGGUUCACUGAGGAGGCAUUCGCUGCCCUCAUCUGCCUCAUCUUCAUCUAUGAGGCCUUGGAGAAACUGUUCCACUUGGGGGAACUGUACCCCUUCAAUGCAAAGAGUGAGCUGGACAAACUCACACUAGCAUACUGCAGGUGUUCACAGCCUGAUAAUCCCAGUAAUAAAACCUUGGAGCUGUGGAGCGAGAGAAACGUCACAGUCUCGGUUGUACCCUGGGAAAACCUGACUGUCAAGGAGUGUAUGAGCCUGCAAGGACACUUUGUUGGGACAGCAUGUGGACACCACGGUCCCUUCACCCCAGAUGUUCUCUUCUGGUCCAUCAUCUUGUUUUUUUCAACAUUCUUCAUGUCGGCCUUCCUCAAGCAAUUUAAGACAAGUCGUUAUUUCCCCACCAAGGUGCGGUCUAUGAUCAGUGACUUUGCAGUGUUUCUUACGAUUGUUGUCAUGGUCCUGCUCGACUUUGCCAUUGGAGUGCCAUCCCAAAAGCUGAAGGUGCCAAGCAAAUUCCAGCCUACCAGAGAUGAUCGAGGUUGGUUGAUCAAUCCAAUCGGGCGCAACCCCUGGUGGACAGCCCUGGUCGCAUCUAUUCCCGCUCUUCUCUGCACCAUCCUCAUCUUCAUGGACCAACAGAUAACUGCUGUCAUCAUCAACCGCAAGGAGCACAAACUACUGAAAGGCUGUGGGUACCAUUUAGACCUGCUGAUGGUGGGGGUGAUGCUGGCUGUGUGCUCCAUCAUGGGAUUGCCUUGGUUCGUGGCAGCCACUGUGCUGUCCAUCUCUCAUGUCAACAGCCUGAAACUGGAGUCGGAGAGCGCAGCUCCAGGAGAGCAGCCACGCUUCCUGGGCAUCAGAGAGCAGCGGCUCACAGGCCUGAUGAUCUUCCUGCUCAUGGGAUGCUCCGUGUUCAUGACUGGAGCCCUGCAGUUUAUUCCUAUGCCUGUAUUGUACGGAGUUUUUCUUUACAUGGGAGCAUCUUCCUUAAAAGGCAUUCAGUUCUUUGACCGCCUACAACUUUUUGGUAUGCCAGCAAAGCACCAGCCAGAUUUCAUCUACCUGAGACACGUCCCUUUGAGAAAGGUGCAUCUGUUCACUGUGACUCAGCUCACCUGUCUGGUUCUACUCUGGGUCAUUAAGACCUCCCCUGCUGCGAUCAUCUUCCCCAUGAUGGUCCUGGCUCUGGUUUUUAUCCGGAAGCUGCUGGACUUGUGCUUCUCGAAACGAGAGCUGAGCUACCUCGAUGACUUAAUGCCUGAGUGGAAGAAGAAAAACCUGGAUGACGCUUCCAAAAAAUUGGAAGAGGAAUCGCAAGAAAUGCUGAGCUUGAAAAGAGAUGAAUCAGCUACUGUUCAGAUUACUAUGGAGGGAAGCAGAAUUGUUCAAAAAGCACAUGAUCCCAAGUGUGAUCCCUCUGAUAUUAACAUAUCUGAUGAAAUGUCUAAAACCACUGUGUGGAAAUCCCUCAACUCCAAUCAAAAGGACAUUCGUCCUUUGGCUGCUAAAAAGGAUUGAAGGGAUCACGUUCAUUGAUGAGUGAAGACAUUCAGCUGAGUCACCUUGCUGUAGUUCUGGACCACCGGAGGCCACAGGUUGACCAAACCAAAACAGCUUCUUCAGAAAACAACUGCAUCAGCCACAAACAUACAGAGAAAGUCAACUGAGCUGUACACACGUGUACUUGUGUCUGUUUGAGGUUUGUAGAUAUAAUAGAGAUUCAAGCCUUUUCCCCAUACUCUAAAUUUAACUGAUAUACACAAAGAAUCACAAAGCUGAUAUUUUCACACUUAAACUCGUAGCAAAACAUAAUAUUCUAUUACUGUAUCCGUCCAGCACAUUACAGCCCAAUAAUGUAAUUUUCCUGAUACAUCUGAGAGGAUGAUGGUGAGACAAACAUAAAAAGACAAGGCCAGGAAAGAAAAGAUAUCCAAGGCAAUGACAGAAUGAUACAUACAGUUAAAGGCACUACACAGUAGUGUAUUAUUUUCACCAACAAAUGUAAAUCGACAAUAAAAAACGCAAAAAGUGCUGAAUUAUAGAUUUCCACUGCAAAUUUUAGACUUCAUAAAACAUUGCAUUUUACAAAAUGCAAUGUUUUAUGAAGCACCCUUUGGAAAUAAAGUGAUAAUUUUGCCUUGGGUUGAUGACAUCACAAGAGGUACAAGACUGGCAGAAGGGCCAAAUGAGCUAUCAUUUUGGUGGGAAACGUUCAGUAAAAUAGAAAAAAUUAGGAAAAUACAAACAGACUGGGGUUAGUUGCCUUGUGCCUUUUGUGAUGUCACCAGAACCUACAACACAAGAGCCAAAAAUCCCCAAAAAACUGACCAUAAAACAUUAUUAGUUAAGAAAUUAUAUCUAGAGAUUGAUUGACUGAGUGAUUGAUCAAUCAAUUUUUCUGGUUUGAAGCUUUAAGAGACAACAAAGAUAGGUAGGAGCGUGAAGAGAUACACUUCAGUAUUACCUAAAUUAUCCCCAUAUUAUCAACGUUUUAAAAAGGGAAACUUUCAGUACAGCUUUUAAAGGGGCAGUGCCAUGUAUUUUCCAGGCACAUUUUACAGAAA